UCGAAGCCCGUCGUGCCCUGAAAGUACGGGCAUCCGUCCAUCGGGAGGUGCCUCCGGGAUGGUUAGAUGGACACCUGCCGGACACGGAACAGGUGCCAUCCCAUAAGCCGUGGAGGCCCUAGGAAGGGCGGGCAUCAGCGGGACGUGCGGCCAAGACCUGGCCAGAAAAGACAGCCACGGUGGGCCAGGUGGGCAGAACAGACCUGUCGAUGCCGACUGUUUAUGAAGUGGGGAAGCAGUACCCAGACCCAGAGUGUCCGGAGAGACCACUUCCGAUGUCCCGGCAUGAGACGUCUCCGGCAGCACUGCAACGGGCCGGCCCCAACCAACGCCCCAACCCCUGCUGCUUCUGCUGGUGCUGCUGCUGCAGCUGCUCGUGGAAUGAAGAUCGCGAGCGAGCGUGGCGGGCAUCGCGAGAAACCAAACUGGAGACCAUUCCAAACUGUGAAGCCUGCACCAAACCGACCACUGAGGAGAUCAAGGGCUGGGCCCAGUCGUUCGACAAGUUGAUGAAGAACCCGGCCGGCAGGAACGUGUUCCGGGAAUUCUUACGGACUGAGUACAGCGAAGAGAACAUGCUCUUUUGGUUAGCGUGCGAGGAGCUCAAAAGCGAAUGUAACAAGCAGUCCAUAGAGGAGAAAGCGCGGGUGAUAUACGAGGACUACAUCUCCAUCCUCUCGCCAAAGGAGGUCAGCCUGGACUCCCGCGUGCGCGAAGGCAUCAACCGCAAGAUGCAGGAGCCGUCCCCGCACACCUUUGACGAUGCGCAGCUACAGAUCUACACGCUCAUGCACAGAGACUCCUAUCCUCGUUUUCUGAACUCGGCCAUAUACAAAGCGUUAGCCCAGAGCGUCUCGCGGUCGUCUUCAGAGUCCUAAGCCCCUC